AUGUUGAUGGCGCCAGACUUACACGAUACCAGAACUCACUCAACGGCCAAACUUUGUCAACCCCUUCAUCAUUGCUUGCGGGACCAAAAACGUCAAGUUCACCGGCAUUGCGAUCCCUUACCAAGAUCUAGAUUGAGCCAGGUGCUGGAAGCCUUGCAACAGGCCACGUCAGCCGGCCUCGACGUCCAACUCAAGAUUCUCCAGGCCCUGCCCUCAUUAUUAUCCAAUUAUGCCGCCGAUGUGAAGGGAGAACUUCUCGUCACAGCACUUAAUGUUUGCUUUAUCCUACAGUCGAGCAAGAAUGCCAUUGUCAACAACACAUCUGCAGCCACCCUGCAACAGCUGGUCGUUUCCGUCUUUGACAAGGUAGUAGCCGAGGAUAGACUCACAAAUUGUGGGCGAGGUGCCGCUUCAAGAUGGCACGACCCUUCCUCUUCGCGCUGCGGCCAUGGAUGCCUGGAGGGUAUGUUAUUCUCUCGACUCGUUCUUCGUACGCUGCUGACGUACCAGGUGUUUAAUGAUAUCUGUCUCCUAACCGAAGGCCAGCGACCCGAGUACCUUCGCUUCUCUGGCCUGCCACAGACCUUCGGUCUGGAGCUGAUUGAGUCUGUGCUCACCAACCAUGCCGCCAUCUUCACCUCACAUCCAGAACAGGCCGAUAUCUUACGAGCCCGAGUGAUGCCCUUUAUCAUCAGCGCACUUCGGGGCCGACCAAAUUUCGCUACCAGCGUGCGUCUUGUGAGAAUAUUGUACACCCUGCUACGUCGGCAUCUGUCCAUCCUCCCAGAGGAGAGUGGUGACGCUCUUGAAAUUUUGACCCAUCUCUUGGACAUGGACACAGCGCUGUGGAAGCGAUCAUUGUGCAUGGAGGUAUUCAGAGGUGUCUUUGCCGACCACGCUCUUCUGAGGCGUAUCUUUGGCAUGUUUGAUGCCCAAGAGGGAGGCAAGAAGAUUCUGAGGAACCUAACAGCCACGUUCGUGCGUGUGAGCACAGAGAAGCCCACUGCUAUUGGACUCGGACACCAGUCGACCAUCCCAGUUGCCAACCCCUAUGGCGGCUCAGCUGCUUCAACCGAUCAAGCAAUGUUGGAAGCUAGUGGCGCUGGCAUCAUUACAAGCUCGGUAGGUUCCGAUGGCCACAACACUGGUAUCAGUACUCAGUGGAGCACCAUGCGGGUUCCAUGCAUCGACCAGCUCGACAAGACGGACCCCCCAAGCAUUCCGGAGUCGUACAUUUACAGCCUGACACUGGCAUGUAUCACCUCACUAUCCGAAGGCCUUGCCAAGUUCAUCCUCCCCCUCACUGUCCCCAGCGACGGGAGGAAGAAACGAGGCACCAAAACAGACAUAGGCCGAGACUCCCCUGCGCCGUCAACCGACGAAAAGCUCGACCCAGGAGAUAAGAGCUCGCUGGAGCGGUCUUCUUCGUUCAAGCGCAACCCUGUUCCGGUCAACCCCCUUACGCUGGAGAACCACCCACUCUAUUCCGAAGUCAAGAUAUAUGCCGCCUUUAUUGACGAGUGUUGGCCAGCCAUUCUUGCAACAUGCUCGACUUUCCUGUAUGCCGCGCUUGACUCGGAGUACUACCAUGGUCUUGUCCGGUCAUUUCAAAAGUUUACACAUGUGGCUGGCCUCCUGCAGCUCACUACCCCACGGGAUGCCUUUCUUACCACACUGGGCAAGGCAGCUGUGCCACCGAAUGUUCUCACAGCAUGCCUUAAUGCUGGCGCCCCUCGGAACCCAGUCACCCCUUCUGAGCCUACCAACAGCAUCUUCGGCAAUGCACGUGGCCUUCUUAGUGUCGAGAGUCUCGUGUCGCCGACUGUGGAGAAGCAGCGACAGGUUUCUGUUGAUCCUAGUGCCGGCACGCUAAACACACGGAACAUGCUAUGUUUGAGAGCAUUGCUAAAUCUCGGGAUAGCACUUGGUCCAACACUUUCGGCAUCUUGGAACAUCAUCCUAGAAACACUCCAGCAAGCCGACUUUGUGUUGUUUUGCUCCGGUAAGGCUGCAGGCAGAACACCUCUGGCGGCCAAGGGUCCUGAUCACCAAGCCGAGCAAGAGGCUAGCACUCUCCUUACCAAUUUCAGCACUGAAAUCCGUGCGGUUGAGACGGCCGCCUCACGGUUGUUUGAGAGUACCAUCGAUUUCCCCAAUCCCGCCUUCGUCGAGGUGGUCGGGGCUGUCUGCAGCCUGUUGGAAAAGCAUGGUGAAGCCCCCUCGGCACCAGGGAGCAGGCCGCAAUCACCGCCAUCUGGCGGAGGACUCAAAACACCAUCGGUCCCGCACAAGCGCCAACUAAGUGUUUCAACUCCGGCGCUGACUGGCCACAAUCAAGAGGAUCAAUUUGCCCUGGCUAAGCUGGGUGAUCUCGCCUCUAUCAAUAUUGAGAGGCUACUUAUCUACGAUCCUGAAGUCUCCGGCUGGGCACCACUGAUCUCUGAGCUCAUCACUGCGUUGAGUUCAACCUUGAACACAGCACCAGUCAGAGCACGGGCAGCAGAGACGCUGGUUCGGAUUCUGUUGGAAGCUGCCGCUGCCGUGUCAUCUCAGCCCGAAGAGCCCCGUGGGGACAUACAGCAACGACUGCUGGAGGCAUUCCGUGACUCCCUCCUGCCUCUGCAAACCCCUAACCGAGAAGUGUCUGUCACCAGCCAUGUCGUCGACGUUGACAUUCACAAGAUCAUCCUCGAAGGUCUCAAGAGCCUUCUCGAAAACUGCGGAGAGACCUUGGUUCGGGGAUGGGAAAUCACGUUCCAGAUUAUCGAUACCAUCUUCGUUGACAAAACGUUUACCCCCGAGAAGCAGGAGGCUGACAAGCGGUCCGUCCUUCUCACCCGCUCUGUCAAACUGAUUCGUCCUUCUUUUGCCUCGUUGCAGUUGAUCUGCUCGGACUUUCUGCCUUCUCUCCCUAAUGCCUGCUUUCUUAACCUCGUCGAUACCCUGUACAAAUUCUGCACUCAGGAUGAUGAACUUAAUGUGGCCUUGACGGUAUCAGACUCCUCCCACAACGGAUCAGGGGCAGCCUUGUGGAUGUUGCUUCUCCUGCGACUCACCUCGGUUGCUACAGACCAGAGACUGGAGCUGCGAAACAGCGCCAUCCAGACUCUGAUGCGCAUCAUGUCGGCUUACGGCGAUAGUCUAAGCCCGGAAGCCUGGUCCAUCUGCAUGAAGUCUGUCAUCUUCCGGCUCAUGGCUUCAAUAGAAAAAGAGCUUCAGGUUCUUUCUGGAGCCUCAGCAAAAGACAAGAGUCAAGAGGAGUGGAAAGACACGGCCAUUGUGGUUGUGCAGGGUGUUUCAAGCCUGUUCGCCUCAUAUCUCACUGUAUUGACGGCUCACAACAGUUUCAUCAAGAUUUGGGAAGACCUUUUGGAUCAUUUCCGGAUCCUGCUGGAUCUGAACGUGUUGGACAUCAACGCUGCCACAUACAGUGCCGUCCGGGACAUUCUUCACAGGUGCGCAGAGCAAGACAGACCUCGCGUGGGCAAAGAAAGCCUCGACCUUGCCUGGGAUCUAUGGUCUCGAGGAAUUCCAGUUCCCAAAGAUGGCAAGGACGACAAAUCUUCGGACAACCAGAAAUGCCUGUUGGUGUGGGUAGAGGCAUUGCUGGAGCUUUACGGCCUCAUCCAGAAAGACUUUAGUGUCGAAAGAGUCCGCCGCAUGCUCACUCUGCUCCGCAAUGCCAUGCAACAUGCCACCCCAGGAGCCUACGCCAGCGACGUCGAGUAUGUCACCCCAUUGCAGGGCAAGAUUCUGGAAGUGUUCCGCAUGGUUCGCACGGACCUGAGCGGCGUCCCGUCUGCUAUGAUCACCCAGGUUGCCGAGUUUGUGUCCCUAGCAUUUGCCCAGGAAGACGCUGCCAAGGCGGCGGCAGAGAAGCGCACAUAUGUCGCCAUGUCUAAGGAAAGCAUGUCUAUUCUACAGGCACUCAUCAUCAAGAACUCUUCUGGACGGGAUAUCUACGAGACCGAGGCCUUCGCCACUGCCAUGUCUGCGCUGGCGAAGCCCGUGGUCCUAAAGUAUUCGUUCAAAACCACCACUAGAUCCAACCAACCAUGGAAGGAGGCCACCAAAACCUCACUUGCAGUUCUGGAAGCUUCCCUUCCAUACAUCCGCACUGCUGACCUCCCCCGCCCCAUCAUACAACACAUCUGGGAGACCAUCAUCUCCAUCGCCAACGGCAUCAUCAGCGCCGACUACCCCGACGCCCCUCCCGGCACCGACAUCCUCGCCGACCAAACCUUUGACAUUUCCUCCUUCCGCAAACUCCGCGAGCUCAUCAUCCCCGCCCUCGGCGCAGAAGUCAUCCUCGACGCCACACGCAAGUCCUACGCGGAAGGUCUCUUCAGGACAUCCAUCAUCCACGCCCCCGCUCCCGCCGAGGCCUCCAUCAUCUACGGCAACAGCAACGAAGGCCUGACCACGCUCUACAGGUCCCGCCCAGGCCGCACCAUUGACCCUCCACCAACAAAACGGACCCUCAUGGCGGAGGUUUGUUUGGAUGAAUUGUUCUCCCUAGUGGAACAACACGACGAAACUUCCCCGCCAGAGAUCAGAACCGAACCCCCCACCUUUCCAUCUUCUGACACCGCCUCACCGGAAACAUCCCACGAUUUAUCCGUCCGACUCUCCCAGACCGCCUCGCCCUAUCUCAUCUUGAGGUGUGCGCUAAGCAUAAGGGCUUACAUAGCCGACCAGCCCCUCCGGGGGCGCAUGCCGCAGCCGCUGUCGCAGAGAAAGGAACUUGGUCGUAUCCUCCGGGCGUUGAUCGACCUCAAGUCUGAGCCGGACGCGAUUCCCGACACCCCCAACGUGGACUCAGAGACGAGGAAGCAUUUGCUGAGGUUGUACCCCCUUUUGGUGAGCGCCAUUCAAGUUGCCGGUACAGCAGGUGACGAAAAGGUUUUGAAGCUAGUCAGAGAGGCGCUUGAUGUUGUCGGUGGAGAGCUGGGUGUUUAA